CACAGAAAGUUUAAGAGUGCUUUGCACCAGAGACUUACUUCUUUUAGCCUCAACUUUUCCAUACUGAAAGGAUGUUAGGAGUUCUGCUGCUUGCUUUCUCUAUAGUUUCUGUUGCUUCUGCUGAGCUCUGCAAGCCAGAUGCACAGAAUGCUUUCAAAGUACGGCUUAGUAUCAAAACAGCUUUGGGAGAUAAUGCAUAUGCCUGGGAUGCAAAUGAAGAGUACCUCUUCAAAGCAAUGAUGGCUUUUGCAAUGAGAAGAUACUCCAGCAAGAGCACAACUCAAAUUUCCAACGUGCUGCUCUGCAAUGUGACGGAUCGGGUGUCAUUUUGGUUUGUGGUCACUGAUUCCUCCAAAAACACGACAACUGUUCCGGGAAGUGAGGUAGAGGCAGCCAUCAGGAUGAACCGGAACAGAAUCAACAGUGCCUUCCUUCUGAGUGACAAAACAUUGCAGUUCCUGAAGAUAUCCACAACUUUAUCACCACCUGUUGAGCCCUCCACACCUGUCUGGCUUAUUGUAUUUGGUGUUGUUCUUUCUCUCAUUGUGGCUGGAAUUGUUUUCCUCAUUGUUUCAGGGAUUCAGCAACGCAAGAAGAAGAAUAAAGAGUCAACAGAGAGAGAAAAUUUAGAAGAGAAAGGCGAAGUGACAAUAACAAUAGAAAAUGGGAUUCCUUGCGAAACACUGGAUUUAAAAGCAGGCCACGUUAAUGGAGUCUUUGCAGCAGAUGAUGAACGGUUCACAUCCUUAUGAAAUGCUGCCAUUGCUAUCUGGUGCUCUUUUGAAAGACUCCUGUGCCCACCUUAUCUCGUCUCUACUCCUGAAUGUCAAACAUGAAGACAAGAAAAAUGUCCUUUCACUUAAUUUCCCUUGAGAGAACCUUUUACUGAUAACACAUACACUGGAGCUUCCAUUACAGUGCUUUUGUUCGUGAGCAAAGCAAAAGAGAAGACCUCACAUUACAGCCAUUUAAGAUUUCAGAAAGAUGUGUGACAGAACAGAGCUGAAACCUGCCUUGUGUCAGGCAUUGAAAUUUAAAUGAUUAUUUAAAUGUCUAUUGUUGUUUUUCCUUGAUAUAAACGUGAGGCUGCAUUAUUCUUGACUGUCACAGGGGAGAUCAUUUAUCACUGUCAAUUCUGUCUGGGCUUUCUUUUAAGCCAUAUAGAAAAGUUUUCUCUGUAAGCUGACUUCUGUUUGCUAAUACACUGUAUGCUUUUGGUUGGAAUAGUGAUCAGUGCAUGAGGCUUUUAGUUUAUCUGGGGGAAUAAAAGCUCUCAUAGCCCCUGUAAAAGCAGGUUAAAAGAAGAACUGAGCCUGAGUAAUGGAGAGUUUCAUGUGUGGGUAAUUGCAGACAGAGGAUAUAAAUAUGUUGAAGUAAAAUAGGACAUUUGUGGUCACCAAAUGGCUACCCACACCACUGGAGGUAGGUUCUGACCAUUAGCUAUCACAUUUUCUGUGUCAUGUUUGGAGACAAUGCUAGAAAUCUCAUUUGCUUAUUAUGGUUAUUCUGUACAUUUGGAUCCUUCACCCAUAGGAACAGGUUAAAUCAGGAUAAAAGCUCUUUGUAAAGGACCCUCCAGUAUCCUGAAAGUUAAGGAGGUUUUCAUGCCCUCAGGUACGAGUUCUUUAGCAUUUUGGCUGUAUCAGGCAUCUUUGGCUACCCAUUUGGCUUGGCUCUGUCUGUUGGGAAUGGGAUGAGCAGAAGUGGGAGGGGAAUGGGGAAACAGCAGGGUGGGGCAGGGAAACUGAGCAAGUGGAGUGCAGAGCUGGGUGAGGGUGGGGGGAGGAGGGCAAAAUAUCAAAUAAAACUGUGUCCCAACAACCGUUUGCCUCAUUUGGUCUCCUCCCAUGUCCUAGUGCUGGGCCUCUCUGGACAAGGAAUGUGACUUCUCCAUAUUCUGGAGUGUGAGCUGCUUGCUUCUCAGUUACUGAUGAUAACAUUUCAUUGCUUCAAAUAGCAUUCAGCAACACAGAGACAUAUUUCUUACAGGCACA